AUGAGCGCAUAUCAUCGCCGGGCGCGAGCCGCUAGUUGCAGGAUAUGUGAGGUCCUCUUUCUCCUAGCUGUUUUUAUGGGGUCUUGGCAGUCUCUGCAGUCUAGUUCCCUCUCACCUAAGUGCCUGGCAGAAGAUGAGAAUGAUUUUCUGGACAGCAGGGAUCGGGAGGAAGACAUUGCCAAAUUCCCUUAUGUGGAAUUCACUGGGCGAGACAGCAUCACCUGCCCCACUUGCCAGGGCAGUGGCUACAUCCCCACAGAGCAAGUUAAUGAACUGGUGGCUCUAAUACCCUAUCAUGACCAGAGGUUAAAGCCUCGGAGGACGAAAUUCUACGUCUUGGUGUCAGUGCUGCUCUGCCUCCUGGCUUCCGGGCUGGUGGUCUUCUUCCUCUUUCCACAUUCGGUCGUUGUGGAGGACAGUGGCAUCAAAGUGGUUCGGGUGUGGUUUGACCGCAAGAAUUCCCUCGUUAUCCUCACCAUCACGGCGACCCUCCGAAUCAGGAACUCCAAUUUUUACUCCGUGGCAGUAACCAGCUUGACCAGUCAGGUGCAAUACAUGAAUUCUGUGGUUGGGACACACCAGAUGAACAACGUGACCACGAUCCAGCCACUGAGUGACAAGCUGGUGAAUUUCACCGUGAAGUCCAAAAUGGGCGGACCUUCUUUUUAUGCAUAUUUCUUUUGCACGUUAUCCAGAAUCAGAGUGCACAACAUUGUGAUUUUCAUGAGGACUUCUGUGAAGAUCUCCUACUUCGGCCACGUAACUCAGAGUUCUUUGGAGACACAUCAUUACGUCGACUGUGGUGCAAAUUCCACGACUGCUUCUGGGCCUGAGCCCACACCAACAACUCCAGAAGACAUAGCCCUAAAAAAGAGCAGUGUGGGGAAGCCAGUAGUCCUUCAGUGA